AUGGUCUCAGCUGCCUUACAAGGCCACUUAAACCCUCUUCUCAAAUUUGCCAAAUACCUUAACUCAAAAGGCAUUCAUGUCACCCUUGUCACCACCGAGCUUGCCCGCCACCGCAUGUUGAAGCAUGCCGCAGCAGCCACAAACCCUUUAAUCAAACUCGAGUUCUUCUCGGACGGACUCGACGUUGAUUUCAAUAGAGAAAGCGACUACGACCUUUGGUUAGAGACCUUAAGAACAAAAGGGAGGGAGAAUUUCUCAAACCUAAUGACCAAACUAUCCCAACACACGAAAUUCUCUUGCUUAAUCCUUCAACAAUUUGUGCCGUGGUUCAUCCCAGUAGCUAAAGAACACAACAUCCCUUGCGCCGUGCUUUGGAUCCAACCAUGUGCUCUCUACUCAAUCUACUACCGUUUCUUCAACAAACUCAACGAUUUCUCCAUCUUGCAAAACCCGGACCAAUUGCUCGAAUUACCGGGGCAUCCAUUGAUGGAAAUACAAGAUAUCCCUUCAUUCAUCCUCCCCAACAUUCAUCUUUGCUUCCAAAAGGUUCUCGCGGAGUUUUUCGCGUACUUGGAGGAUGUGAAGUGGGUACUGGGGACUUCGUUUGAAGAGUUGGAGGAGGAGGUUUUGGGGGCGAUGGUGGGGGAUGGGAUUCGGCCGACAGUUACGACAAUUGGGCCGUUGGUGUCGAAGUUUUUGCUGGGGAAGAAAGAGGAGGAGGAGGAGGAGGAGAAUGGGGUGAGUAUGGAUAUGUGGAAGGCGGAUGAAAGUUGUUUGAGGUGGUUGGAUGGGAAAGAAAUGGGAUCGGUUGUUUAUGUUUCAUUUGGGAGUAUUAUUGUGUUGGGUCAAGAACAAGUUGAUAAUAUUGCUAUGGGUUUGUUGAAUAGUGGGAAGCCGUUUCUUUGGGUUUUCAAACGAACCGGUGGUUCUAAUGUUGAGUUGCCGUCUGGGUUUCUUGAAGCUGUGGGUGACAGAGGACUUGUUGUCAAUUGGUGCUCCCAAGAACAGGUUCUGAAGCACAAAGCUGUUGGAUGCUUUCUAACUCAUUGUGGGUGGAACUCGACGCAAGAGACGGUGGUCACUGGCGUACCGGUGAUAGCGUUUCCCGAGUGGACGGAUCAGCCAACGAAUGCCAAAUUGUUGACGGAUGUUUUUAAGAUGGGAGUGAGGAUGAGAAAGGGAGAUGAUGGAAUUGUUGGUCAAAAAGAGGUGGAGAGGUGCAUCAAGGAGAUCACAGAAGGCCCUGCCGCCAAGGCAAUGUCGAAAAGGGCGGAAGAGUUGAAGGAGUCAGCCAUAAAGGCGGUGGAGGAUGGUGGUUCUUCUCACCGGAAUCUUGAGAAGUUUAUAGCUGACAUUUUAGGUUAAAGGAUGAACGAAUAAGAGAUCAUGCAAAUUUGAGUUGUGAAUUUGCAUGAACAUGUAUGCGUUUUCCUAUCUGUCGUAAUGUUGCCCUAAAAACCAGUGUUUGUUUUCUCCAAUUUCGAAAGGUUUGUUACCAAAUGAGGAGAUGAACAUUUAUGAAAGAUGAGAGAUAUAUGAAAUAAAUC